ACCGUAAUAUAUUUAUAGAUCUGCAAAAUGAUAAUAACAAUAAUAAUAAAUUGUCACAUUUUAUGGUUUACAUUAUUAUAAACCUAGGCUACAACAGACUGGAUGAUGGCCGAAGGAUCGUACUGCACGCUGCAGCCUGAAUUACAGACGUAUGGCGCCUAAUGGUGGAUUGCAAUAUCGUCUGAAUGAAAAAAUUAUUUCGUGGCUUGUGCGAUACAUGUGUAGUAUAAUAUUACAUAUUAUUAUUCAGAUGGCCGUUUAUCGCGUCAAAACACUAACAAAAAAGGGGGACACGACCGUUUACCUGAUAUAUCAUGAUAUUAUACAGUGUGAUUUUCCGAUCGUCACUUGGCCGAUAUUCGAGUGCUUCACCCUCUGUGCACUGAAAAAACACCCGCACAACAAACAAACUAUAAUAAUAAUAUUUUGAUUUAUACUCGCACUCCGAACUGCACUGCAAGUACGACAUACAGUAUUAUAAUAUUGAACCCGAUCACUGUCAAUUAUUAUCGUGUUCCUGCAGCAACUAUCGAUCGUCCGGUCAAGACUUAUAUAGCGGGUUAUUAUUAUAUACAUAUAUAUUACAAUAGUGAAGAACUUAAAACUUAAUACACAUCACUACAUGUUCUGCACCUGCAACUGCAGUGUCCGCGCAGCGUUGUGAUGAAAUGAAUUUGGUGGUAUUUUCAAGGUUAGAAUAUGUCCGUUUGCGAUUGCUGGGCCAGUUUCAAGUUUUCUCAAAUUAUUUUGUGUUUGAGUUGUCUGCUCUAUAAAAGAUGGUCGGACGCAGAAGCUACCAGACUGUUUUAUUUCUUCGAGAAGUCGUCCAGGGAGUGGCCGUUGCUGAACAACAUCACCAGGAACGGAGCCGGGUCUUUGUUCGCGGAUGUGACUUUCGGGGGCUAYAUAAUAAUAUGCGUGGCGCUGUACAUAGCGUAUUUGAUGGGCGAGCUGAAGAAUAGCAAGAAAACUGAAUCGUUUCUGUUGGUCAUCGGCGCGGCGCUGUUCAUCGCCGUCGGCUGUCUGGUGUUCACAGCCGUGGACAGCGUGCCCGGGAACCUGGUCGUCAACGCGCUUGUGCUGGGCACCCUGUCCAUAGUGACGGGCAUGGUGUUUGUGCUGGACACGUGUAUGUCGAACAGGCGGAACGAUAAAGAGUCGCACCUGUUGCCGAAGAACACUCGGUACGGCGACAUUGCGCGCACUAGGGCCGCCGUCGACGGUGCGGUGCAUGUCAAUAAUGGCACGAACGGCGUGCACGCAAACGGGGCGAACGGCGUGCACGYAAACGGGACGAACGGAGUGCACGCAAACGGGACGAACGGCGUGCACGCAAACGGGACGAACGGAGUGCACGUAAUUGGGACGAACGGCGUACCGAAGCGAGAGAUGACGGUCGAGAACAAGCAGAAAAACGGCUUGCUGCGGACGGCCGUCAAUGGUCGGACGGUGGAGACCAAGAACGAGAGCGUUCAGACGACGACGAGCAGGGACCGCGGACGACCGGAUGACGAAGUCGACGCGGCGGCCGCACUUCAGUACGGUCGCAGGUACUUGGAYGACCGCGGGUUCGACGUGGGUCACGGACAUAGGCACUCCGAGUGGUACGACACUGACAUGGACCUGCCCAAAAUGAAAAAACUCGAGAUCAACGUGCCGUCCGAGGAGUCUCCGGAUUACCGUCGCAGAUUUGUAAACGUUAAGAGCAKUGUUAAGCUACAAUCACCCAGUAUYACAAGCACAGUGCACAAUCAACAGGAAAGUCCAAARGAGGAAAAUGAGCACGAAGUGAAAAAUGAUAGAGUACCUUAUGUUUUUUCGGAAAAAAAGAGACCAACUAGACCUACUGAUCUACCCUUGAAAUCACCUGUGGAGAGAGUGAAUGAUUCGUUACAAAAAUCGGUUAAAAGUCGAUAUUACUUUGGGGCGAACACGGAAGAACCUAAAUCUCCAAAUGAUCCUGGUUACGUGUUACACACUGCGUCCAAGUGGGAAGAACAACCUGCAGUAGCCGUGCCUCAAAAUGGAUACAAAAACUUUAAAAGAAGUCAAGUAUAACAUAUGGUCUUUGGGAGAAUUUUCUUCUUCGAGUAUGUGUUGAGUUGGAUCAAAUGAUUCCUUAUCGUACUCUUUAGUACCCAAAACAUUUGUACCUUUAAUUCUGAUAACAGUAGCCUUUUCAACUCCUAGCAUCCUAGCAUAUUGAAAAGCUGAAAAAAAUUUUUUCUUUUAUAACUCAGGUCUCAGACAAUGAUAAUMAUAUUAAUAA